CCCGGGGAGGUGCGGCCCGGCCUGUCCCGGCGGGGCUGGCAGCCUUGGACCCGGCUCUGAGAGGACAAGUUCCCUUCCCGCUCCCAUUUCUUGAAGCCAGAAUUUUUAAACCAGGGGGAAAUGAAGAGUUCUGCCAAUGUAUUACUAGUCACAACUCUGCAGAACUCUAGCUAAUACUUUGAAGAAUAGCAGUAAUCUUGGAACCAGAUUUUCAAAACAGACGUGUGUGAAAAUCUGAAGAUCUUUGCUGAAAAUCAGUCUCAAGAACAGCUCUGGACUAGAAUGGCAUGUCUAGAAAUAGGUCUGUUGAUGGAACACUAUGGGAGAAUCCCAUUAUUAUAUGUAUGCCAUAACUAAAGAGUUAGAGCAUAUACUGCUUUAUGCUUCUUCAUGUAUAUUUUGGUUUAAGCGUUAAAACAAAAUGUCGUCAUCGUUGCAAUCAUCCUCGUCUUCACAUGUACAUAACUGUACUGCUCCCUUAUUGGAUCUUCAGGAAGAGUUUCUUCCUCAUGCUACUGAGUUAAACAGUAAAAACAUUGAUGCUUUGAUGCAGAAGUUAAGUGAAAACGAAACCCAAAAUACUAAUCUCAGGAGAAAAAUACUUGAAAGGGAGAAGCAUAUUAAAGAUCUUUCAUCCAGGCUUCAGCUUGAAAAAGUCAAUGUACAGAAAAAAGACUACCUGUCAAGAUCAGUAAAGGCAGUACAAGCUCACCUGCAAUGUCAGAUUCAAAGAAAAGAAGUGGAAAAUGAAGAAUUAAAAGUGAAAAUACAGACUCUAGAAAAGAAAAUAGCAGAGUGGAAACUUCAAGUUGGUGAAUACAAGCACCAGAUGUUAGCCUUAAAGGAAACAAGUGAGCAAAAGAAGACUGCUCUGAAAAAAGCAAUCAGGUCCCAGAAACAAAGAGCUCAACGCUUUGAAGCAGCUGUGGAAAACUUAACCUCCAGAAUAAGAGAAUGUGAAGUCAAACUGUCUGAGAUACUGUCAGCUUCCGACAUUUGGAAAAGCCAGCAUGAUAGAAUGGUUGAAGGAAAGACAACGUUACAAAUUCAAACGGAAGAUCUCAGGAAGCAGAUCACAAGCCUUUUGGAAGACCUGAAAAGAAAGGAGGAAUGGAGAAGAAACUCAGAUGAGGAAAUUCUUGGAAAGCUGAAUUCUGUUAACUCUGAAAAGAUCUACCUUGAAAAUGAAAAUGAAAAAUUAAAGGCUUCCCUUGCUACAUUGGAAAACAGUACUGUUUCUGUUGAAAAUGAGCUGCAAAAUCUGCAAGAAGAGGCAAAGCUGCAGGAAAACCUUGCUGAACAGUAUAAAAAUCAGGUACAAAAAUUGCAAACAGCAGUAGAAGAAUUGAAAUCCAAAUAUGAAACAGUCUUAAAUGAAAACAAAAGAAUAACAGAAGAUAAAUGCUUAGAAGUAGAUAAGGUGAGGGACAAAACAGAGGCUGAGUUAAAGGAGUUAGAACAUGUUUGUGACUUGUGGAAAGCAGCUGAAGAAAAGCAUCAAGGAUAUCAAGGAAAGCUUAUGUCCUGGGAAAGGAUCCAUGCACAGAAAUGCACAGCCCUUAGGGAGCUGCAGCUUCAGGAGGAAGAUACUGUAACUUCUCUGGGCAGUCAUUCCUUAGAAGAAGAAAACUGUAACAUUCAGAAGAAAUAUGAAAAUCUUAAAAGACAAUUAGAAAAGAUGGAAUUUCAAAAUGAAGAACUUGCUUGUCAGCUCAGAAAAGAAGAUGAGAGUCUUCAGUGCAGUAAAUUGAAGCUUGAAGAGAAAAUUGCAGAAUAUAAUGGAUUAACCAGACAACUGGAAUCUGCUUUGGAAGAAGGGAGAAAAAUGGUAGCUGAAGAACUAGAAAAAAUGUCAUACAGAGACCAAGCCCUUCAGGCAAAAAUGCUAGUUCUUGAAACUGAAGUGAGAGAGGGGCAAGAAGAGAAGAAAAAACUCCUCUGCCUAUUUCACCAUAGUGAAAAACACCAUGAAGUACGUUUGAAAGAGCUGGAGAACAGCCUACAGAAGUCAGAGAACAAGAACCAGAGCAUCCAGAAUUACGUGCAGUUUUUGAAAGCUUCAUACAUAACAAUGUUUGGCUGAUUUCUUUAAUUUACUUUAUUUAAUAAUAAACUUUUCAAGAUUUUGUCUCUAACUCUUGUUGGAGGCAAGCUAUUGAGGCCUUACAGUAUUUUGCAGGAUUGAGUACUAUAAUAUUAGUUCUUCCCUAGGAGAACUACUGCUGUGGGCAGGGAAAAGCAGGUCAGUCAUUGCUGUAUAUCCUACUGGCUGGGCACGUGUGGAAAAUUUACCUGGUAUUACUCAUAUAAAGAGUUGUGUUAUUCAUGGAACAGAAGUGAAAAGGCAGAGAGCGCGACAGUUGUGAUAGGUGUGGAGGUGUGGGGUAUGCACACAAAGUUGUAAAUUUAUCUGUGAAUUUACCAUGUGUUAGGUCCUCUGCUGUAAAAUCUUAUGUGCAGUCUUUUAGUCCAUGGUAAAUGCAGAUGAUCGCAGGUGACCUUUCAAUUCACAGGGGGGAAGAGAACACUCAUUGACCGGUUGCAUAGUAAUUUGUGUAUUUUAAUUAUUAGUAAUUAUAUAAUAUUUAUCAUUCAUUAUACUUCUGUUACUGUAGAAAUCUAGUUGCCCAAGAUGAUAUCUAUCCUAUUAAGACAGGCAAAAAUUUAGAGAUCAUUAGGUUCUCUUCCUUUCUUUUCACUGUAGCUCAGCACCAGUAUAGCACGUGCUGCUGCACUGCAUGAAAUAGUUGCCACCACAAGGCUGUCCCAUCCAGCCUUUUUUCCCUACAUCCCAUUUUGAGCAGGAGUAUACUGUAGUAGUAUUUUAUAAAUAUAAGUAGGAAAGUAUUUUAGAUACAGAUAUAGUUUAAGCUCUGAAUGUGUCACUGUACCUUUUCCCAGUGACACAGCUCCAGUAAGGUAUUUAAGUAUUUGUCUCUGAGCACGAGCUACUACUGUUCUCUGAAGUAAGUCUGGUUUAUGCCUCAAGCUAAACACAUGUAAAUAUUCAGCUGAUACAGGGCUAAUACAAAAACCAAUUCGGAUUGACAAAAUAAUUGUUUUUAUAGAUGCAUGUUGUGAUACGUUUUUUGAAAAGUAGUCCGUUCAGAUAAAUAUAUGUAAUUUAGAAUGUGUUUUUAAAUAAUAUAUAUUUUUGACAGAAAACAGAAGUUAUUUUAUGCAUGGAUAAUA